AUUGCACCCUGCACCCCGCCUGCUAGAUGCAAGAUUGAUCACAAUGGUCGCGCAUCAAAAUUUUAGAGUCCGUUUAUAAACACAGCUGGUCAGUCUCGAUUUCACUAUUAACGAAUGGCACGCAACUAAGGUCGAGAGGAUGGCCUGAUAUCGCAUCAAUCACGUGGCCGUGUUUUCCUGUCAGAAACGUGGACAGACCCUCGUGAUUGGGUAGUGCCCUGAUUCAUUGAUGUGGGCACGCCAUGAUUAUGAUUCCCAAUCAGCGCAACGAGAACGCUGUGGUCGCGGCCGACGACCGCGAUCCCUUGGCAUUCUCGAGGUCUUCAAGCGCCCCCAUGAUCCAGCGCCUGGUCCCGAGCGCUGAGCCCGUUUCUCUCUCAGAGUGCAUUACGGAAACACCCACGCGUGAAAAUUGAAAGACCAUGCGUCGAGCUAUUUCGGGCGCUGUAGCGGUAACUAACCAACGCUGAUAUCCAACCGGCAACGACGGGCGCGCGCAAACAGCUCUCUUUCUCUUUUAUACCACUCAGCUUGUUUCCUGCGACCUGUUUUCGAGAGCACCACCCACGACGCUUCCCGCAUAACACGUUCUUUCAUUGACAACAUGCUGUCUUUCCGUUCGCUCGCUGUCGCAAUCCUUUUCAUUUCGGUGUCGGCCUCCGUGAACGCUGCCAGCCCGACGUGCAAUCCUCGCCGGCCCAAGUCAGUGGUGUCUUCGUCCUUGGUCCUCAGCACCACCUCUUCGACAACGUCGACGGCGACGCCUACCCCGAGCACGACCUCGACGAGCACCCGGGCAACUCUGACGACCAUCCGCACGACAAGCACUCCCAAGACGACUGCGCAGCCGACUACUAAUACCCCGAAACCGACAACGAGCACGAAGGGUAACGCCUUUGCGGCCGCGGCCCAGCCCACAACCGCCUCCAAGCCCUCGUCCGGCUCCUCGUCCGGUUCCUCGUCCUCUUCUUCCGGCUCCUCGCCAGCGCCUGCUGCGGCUGGUGGGUCCGUCUCGGCUGCCGACAUCCAGCAAUACCUCGACAUCCACAACACCGAGCGUGCCAAGUUCGGCGCCGGGACCAUGACGUGGAACAACACCCUCGAGGCGGCAGCGCAGAAAUGGGCCAACAACUGCGUGUUCCAACACUCUGGUGGAUCCCUGGGACCGUUCGGUGAGAACUUGUCGGCCGGGACUGGCUCCUUCGAUAUACCCGCUGGAAUGCAGGGCUGGAUUGACGAGCAGCCCCAAUACUCUUCGAGCAACCCCCAGCCGUCUCAUUGGACUCAGAUGGUCUGGAAGAACUCUGUCGAGCUCGGCUGUGCGGUCGCUACAUGUGACAACAUCUUUGAUUUCAGCAAGUUCGGCGCUUCGAAAUUCUAUGUCUGCGAGUACUUCCCGCAAGGAAACAUCAUCGGCCAAUUUGCGCAAAAUGUGCAGUAGAUCCCGCAGUCGUCUCUGUGAGAUCGACUCCUGUGCACAGUACUUUCUCGCGAGCAAGACUCGGCGUGCCGCUGGAUCGUCAAUUCUUCCUUUGGUACAUAGAUGCAGUGCAUAAUCUUAUGAUGUUGAUACCCACGAGAAGCUGCGGUCUUUACUCAGUGCGCUUUGCGAUGCAUCUUGUUGUGCUGUCUUGCAUGUCUCUUUCAUGCCCAUCAAAGUUGCGGGCAGUCAUCACUCUGAGUCUGUACGGUCUUCUACCGAGCGGUCACCGCACGUGAGCG